AUGAAGUUUGCCAAAGAACUAGAACAGGACCUCGUCCCAGAAUGGCGCGUCAAAUACAUGGACUACAAAGCGGGCAAGAAACAUGUCAAAGCCGUCGCUCGAGCCACGAAUCGAAUCAACGCUACGCCUCGACCACGUCCUUCAGACCAGAUACCUCGAACCACAAGCUUAUAUGGAGCUACAUCGCCUGCUACUGCCAGGACUAAACGUUCUUCCACCCUUCGCAGAGCCGAGGGCCAAGAUGGUGAGCCCAGCGAGCGUCUACAUACAACCCCAGCCGCUCUAGGGGCAGAUACUCGAGAUUCGGAAGGACCGACCAAAGACCCCUUUGCAGCGUUGAGAAAGACCCCUCCGGCGCCAAUCCCAAAAGCCAAACCUCCUCCUAGUUCACCCAAGAAACAAACUCUACAUUAUGGCAGCUUUGGCAGCUUUGUUCCGACUCCUGCAGCGAAACCAAGGCCAAACCCUUUCGAACUCCCCGAGCCCGCAAUAUCUACUGACACUCCUGUGGAGAGUACAACCCCAGAAAAUGAACUUGAGAAUCCUCCGCAACCUACCCGAAGCACUUCAAUGACUGUAGCGCAAGGUGCAUAUCAAGUUGGGCCCAUAACCCCGCCCCCUCGAAGCUCCACGUUCGCAUCUCUUCGAGACCGAGUACCACAAACGUAUAACGUGAGAGCAUCGGUGCGUCGAAUGUUUUCUAUAGAUGGACAUGGAAGUCCUGCAACAAGAAUUGAAUCACAUAGAUCAGAUGUGGAUAUGGCGGUACUGGAUCAAGUGAGGGCCAAACAGAAGGGCUUCUUCAAAUUCAUGGACAAAGAAUUGGAUAAAGUCGAGAGCUUUUAUAAAUCGAAAGAAGAUGAAGCCGGUCAAAGAUUAAGUACUCUACGUGAGCAAUUGCACGAGAUGAGGAAUCGCAGAAUCGAGGAGGUUAUGCUAGCACAACAGGCGAAAGCUACGCGGAAGGAGGACGAGCGAGCUCUAUUCAAUUUUAGCAGCUCAAGAUCAAACGUCCAGUCUAGAGAUGGAGAUGGAAGUCCACCAACUUCACAGGACCAUCUGAAAGCCUUUCUCGACCCUUUAGACAGAUUUAUCGGGGAAGCAAAAGCAAAGGCUUUCGGACCUCACCCAGGAUCGAAUUCGAAAGCUCUGCAAAACAUGAUGGAUUCGCCUGAGCUACGAGCUAAGAACCAGACAGAGCCAUCCCGAACUAUGGACCAGAAUCGCGACUAUAUCCGACGUCCUCACUAUUCUGAUGAGGUCCCAUAUCGAACGGCAAAACGAAAGCUCAAGCUUGCGCUACAAGAAUUCUAUCGCGGCAUGGAGCUGCUCAAGUCAUACGCUCUGCUUAAUCGCACAGCGUUCCGUAAAAUUAACAAAAAUCAAUGCGCAUCCCCCCUCAGAUUCAUGUCUGAGAAAGUCAACAAAGCAUGGUUUGUCAAUAGUGAUGUUCUAGAUGGUUAUAUCCAUGCAGUUGAAGACUUAUACGCCAGAUAUUUCGAGCGUGGUAACCACAAGAUCGCGACAGGAAAACUAAGGAGCUCUUCCGGGCGACCAAAGGACCAGUCUCGUAGUGCCUUUCAAAAUGGCAUACUGAUCGGAACUGGCGCUGUAUUUUCUAUCCAAGGUGUCAUCUAUGGGCGUGAUCUAUUGCGCCACCAAGACCCCACCGUAGUAAUCCAGACCAGCUAUUUAUUGCAAAUCUAUGCUGGAUACUUUCUUGCUCUCUAUCUAUUCUGCUGGUUCUGUCUAGACUGCAGUAUCUGGACACGCCACAAGAUCAAUUACGCCUUCGUCUUCGAAUUUGAUCCUCGGCACAACUUGGACUGGAGAGAGUUGGCCGAAUUCCCUUCAUUUCUUAUACUUCUCCUUGGAUUAUUUGUUUGGGUCAACUUUUCUCGUUAUGGAGCGCCUGAAAUGUACAUAUAUUAUCCGGUGAUCUUGAUCUUUGUCACCUUAGUUAUCAUAUUCUUUCCUGGACCGUACAUAUUCCAUCGGAGUCGGAAGUGGUUUGUUUACUCGCAUUGGCGUUUGCUUCUAGCCGGACUAUACCCUGUGGAGUUUCGGGACUUUUUCCUAGGAGACAUGUAUUGCUCUCUAACAUAUUUCAUGAGUAAUAUAGAACUUUUCUUCUGCUUGUAUGCACAUCAUUGGAACAAUCCAGGCCAAUGUAAUUCAACACAUUCCCGACUACUUGGUUUCUUCUCGGCACUUCCUGGCAUAUGGCGAGCAUUGCAAUGCUUAAGACGUUACUACGACACACAGAACUUCUUCCCCCAUCUGGUGAAUUGUGGAAAGUACGGGAUGACUAUAUUAUACUAUGUCACGUUAUCUAUGUACCGUAUCAAUCAUAGCAAGAGCCACUUAAUAGUGUUUUCAACAUUCGCCGCUGUCAACGCUUGUUAUUGCUCUAUAUGGGAUCUCCUCAUGGAUUGGUCACUCCUCCAACCCAACGCUUCAAAACGCUUCCUCCGUGACGUCCGCGGCUUCAAGAGCUCGUGGUGGUACUACGGCGCCAUGAUCCUCGACCCAAUCCUCCGCUUCAAUUGGAUCUUCUACUCGAUCUAUACCCACAACCUCCAACACAGUACCGUCGUCUCCUUCCUCGUCGCCCUCUCCGAGGUCACACGCCGAGGUAUGUGGACGCUCUUCCGCGUCGAAAACGAACAUUGCUCCAACGUCGCGCGCUUCAAAGCCUCGCGCGACGUCCCCCUCCCUUAUUCCGUACCAACAGAGUCAGAGGAGGAUUUCGAACGCCAGGGAUCACACACGGCCGAGGGGCAGCCGGUACAAGUCUCACCCGCUCUCGAGAGGCACAGAAGCUAUGCCAGCGGCGCGCUGGAAGCGCAAGAGCAGGACGGCGAGUUCAGAUACAGAGCCCCUAGUAGGACGUUCACGCGUGUCAUCGCAGACGCACAUACACAGGACUUUGAGAAGAAGCGGAAGCCCGGCGUAGGAGAUGGUGAUAAAGCUGGUAACAGGCUGCGUGAUGUGGUGAAUCACGACGCACGGGCGGGGAGUAGCGAUGAUGAGGAUGACGAGGAUGCGAGUGAUGAGCAGGAUAUUCUUGAUGCGGAGCAGUUGUUGAGGGAGAGGAGGGCGUCGAGGCCUGAUGAGGGAAGGGAUAGAUAG